UUUUUCUUUUGAAAAAUUUAAUAAAUAAUGCCUAUGUUAAAUUGUGAAUUUAUUAUCAAUCUAAGUGAACCAAUUAAACCGGAUAAAGUUAAUAUUGGUUAUUUUGAUGGUAUACAUCCAAGUAUUGUUGCUGUAACUAGAUCAGAUAAAAUAUUUGUCCAUAAUCCACAUAAUCGUUCAUUAAACGAUCCAUACGAUACACAACAGCAACAAUCAAAACUGAAUCGUGAUCAUCCAACUAAUGAUGGAAGUCGAUUGGCUCAACACACUUCUUCCAUUAUCGCUUCUGAUCUUAAUUUUCUUAACAUUAAUCAGACAAUUACUUGUCUUGCUGCUGGUUCGAUUUCGUCGUUAUCGUUGAAAGAUACGGUAAACGAUACGGAUUUGGCUACUCAUACUAACAGUUCUGUCAUAGUGAAUACAUCGAAUAAAAAAACAUCGAUUAAUAGUGCUGGUAGUGGUCGUAAAAUUUCUCUAAAGACUAAAAAUCUACAAAAACAAGCCAACAAUAAGAAUAAUGAUAUUCUUAUUGUCGGAACAAAAACAUCAAUCCAUGCAUAUGAUAUUUUACAUAACACGGAUCUUUACUAUAAGGAAAUACCUGAUGGAGCCAAUACAUUGGUGAUUGGUGAAUUUGGACAAAUAUUAAAUGGAUCAAAAUUAGCAUUGAUCGGCGGUAAUUGUGCUAUCCAUGGAUUUGAUCGUGAAGGACAUGAUACAUAUUGGAUGGUUACCGGUGAUAAUAUAACGGCAAUGGCAUUGGUUGAUAUUGAUAGUGAUCAACAAAAUGAACUUGUAGUAGGAUCUCAAGAUUGUGAAAUUCAAGUAUUCAAAAAAGAUGCUAUUAUUUGUGAGAUGAGCGAAACUGAUUGUGUUACGCAUUUAUGUCCACUUGGACCAACAUUAUUUGCUUAUGCUUUAGCCAACGGUACUGUUGGUGUCUAUCAGAAUAAGGAAAGAGUUUGGCGAAUUAAAUCAAAAAAUCAAGCCAUGACAUUGUUUGGUGCUGAUAUCAAUAAUAAUGGCCAAAUGGAACUACUCACUGGUUGGUCAAAUGGAAAAUUAGACAUUCGAAUCGCUAUGACUGGAGAGGUUUUAUAUCGUGAAAAUUAUAAAUGUUCAAUAGCUGGUAUUAUGAUUGCCGAUUAUAAUAUGGAUGGAAAAGAUGAAUUAAUUGUAUGUACUGUUUCUGGUGAUGUUUAUGGUUAUCGAAUGGAAAAUCAAGAAGAAAGACAUCAACAGGUUAAUUUUAAUAUCGAACAAGAUACAAUAAGAGAUUUGAUGAAAAGAAAACAAACAUUAAUGCAAGAACUUCGUAAUUAUGAAGAGAAUGCCCGUAUACAAAAUUUAGCCGAUCCAUUAGUGAUGAAUAAAGGAAAAGUUUUAACAGAAAAAGGUGAUCAUUUUGGCGCCAUACCGGCCAGCACAAAAUUACGAUCAUCAUUAAUUCUUCAAUCAUGUGAUGAUUCUCUUCCAGAUUUUAUUGAAUUACGUUUGGAAACAACUAAUAAUACUCGUAUACGAGCGGCAAUAAUAUUUGCGGAAGGAAUAUUUAAACAUGAAUCGAUUGUCAUUUAUCCACCAGAAUCAGAAGUUAGCAAUAUGAUUGGUGUGCCAUUAAGGCCCCCAAAAGAUGUACCAGUCGAUAUGCAUGUAAAGGCAUUGGUUGGUUUUCGUUCGAGUACUCAUUAUCAUGUAUUCGAACUUUCAAGACGAUUACCACGAUUCUCAAUGUAUAGUUUCAUUCGUAUAAUCUACAUCGGUCAUGAUGAAACUGAUCAAUUGAAAUUGACCAUGCCAAGCAACAACAACAUAACGGUAGACGAUAAUCGUUCCAAAAUAAAACAACGAAACGACAAAAUUCCAAAAGAUUCAAAACCUUUUUGGCGAAAAAAUUUUAGUGAUAAUUUACAAAUCAAAGGCUUAGAUGAUGAAAGUCCAUUGUUUGAAGAUGAUGAUAAUCUUAAAAAAUAUUACAAUCAAAUUGACGAUAUCGAAAAUCACCAUUAUAUGAUGAAUGAAGACGCCAACUUUGAUAGUAUGGCCAUUAAUGCAGGAUACAAUGAAAGUGUUGAUGUGAUGUCAAUGAAUCAAAAUACGUUUCAACAAUCCUCAAUCGCAACCAAUAUUGAAGUUCGACAACCUUCAAGCUAUGUGGCUAUUCGUAUAAAUGAACAAAUAGGAAAUCUAGUUGAAUGGAUCACAGCCAAUUUCCUGCUUGAUUUACAAUCAGAAAAUAAUGAAGAAGAACGACGUUUCGAGUUUAUUUCACUACGCGAUCAAAGUGGUUUGAUUAUUGAAUUAACUAGAAUCAGUUCGCAGAAUAAAUCACAAUCGAAAGAUGGAAUAAGACAAAAAAUUGAUGAAACUUAUGGCGAAGAAUAUUAUCAUUCAGAUAUAAUGGAUCCAUCAACGGAAACAUCUGAUUCACCAGAUUUAUUAUUUAAAUCAUUGAUAACUAUUUAUUCGGAAUCAAUUGAGGUGGCCGGAAAUUGCAUACAAUCAUUGGGUGAUCAUUUUAAAAUCAUUAAUCUUCCUUGUUAUCGGGCCAGUUUUCUGGAUGAAAUAAAUAAACUUAGACAAUUAGUAGACCGUGUUGAAGAGAUUCAAAACGUACGACAACAUUUAGUAGUGGAAGUGGCUGACAAUGCCAAUAUGAUUCGUUCAGCCGUUGUACAGGCAGAAGAUGCAAGACUAACAGAACAAUAUCAUCAAAUGAAACAAAUCUACAAUGAUUUAGGAAUGAUGAAUAAAGAUAUAAUGCGUGAAUACCAGAUUCGUUGCCAGAAUCAUCAAGAUUUAGUCGAUAGCCUCAAACAGAUUAAUAUCAUUAUACAAAGAGCAUCAAAUCUUCGAAUCGGAUCUUAUAAAACGGCAUUCAUUAAUUCUUGCCGUGAAUCUAUUAAACAGAAAAAUUUCUCACAAUUAUUCAAGAUAAUAAAUGAGGAUUAG